CACCACCAACAUCAUCAUCAUCAUCAUCAUCAUCAGCAUCAUCGCCAUCAACAACAACAACAACAACAACAACUUACAAAUCAAAAUAAUAAUAUGACUAUCAUCGAUAGUAAUACAAACAACAACAACACCACCACAACAACAACAACAACAGACAACAUUAUUAGCCAUGUCAUUAUUAGUAGUGGUGGUAUAAAUAAUGAUCAUCAUCAACCACAAUCAAAUCAAAAUCAAAAUGUGAAUAAUAAUCCUAAUAAUACAAUAGCGAUCAAUUCGAAUACAUCGGUUGUGGUAGUUGCCAAUCCUAAUAUAUCAUCACCAUCAUCAUUAUUACCAACGACGAUAGUGACAAACGAAUCAUCGUUAACAACCAAUACAACAACAACAUUACCGCUGACAGCAACAACUGUAAUAACGACCAAUCCAAAUAAUAAUAAUCAACAACAACAACAACAACCAAUCCAACAGCCACCGACGACGGCGAUGGUAACAAAUACUGAAGAUACUGAAAUGAGACAUCGUUUUAAAGUUGUAAAAUUAGUUUCAUCACAACCAUAUACACGUGGAAGAUGGACUUGUUUUGAUUAUAAUGACGAAAAUCAAAAUACAAUCAAUAUAUCGAAACAUGUACCGGCUAAUAAAAUUACACCGAAUGAACAAUUGGAACAAUCGGUAUUAUUACAAGAUCAAAAUUGUCAAACAGGCACAGUAUCUGGUGGCCAAAUGAAUCCCGAUCAAUCUGAAGUAGCAAUCGAUAAUAAAAUUGAACAAGCAAUGGAUCUGGUCAAAUCGCAUUUAAUGUUUGCUGUACGUGAAGAAGUUGAUGUGCUUAAAGAACGUAUUAAAGAAUUGGAAUCCGAUAUACAGAUAUUGAAAGCCCAUGCCACUCCGGAAACAUUAGCAUUAUUAAGUAAUAAUCGUUCAAGUGCUGUUACCGCAAAUGCUGCCGUUGUUGCGGCUGUAGCUACAGCGGCUGCUGCUGCCGCUGUAUCAACGACAACGAACAAUGUCAAUGUCAAUCCUAUUGCUGUCGUUGCUAUUAAUAAUAAUAAUAAUAAUAAUGCUUUAACUAAUAAUAACAAUCAUAAUCCAGCUAUUAUGUCGAAUGUUAAUGUAAAUUCUGAUUGAACAAAAAUUUAUUUUCAUAUUUUUUUGAAAAUUCAUUAUCAUCAUCAUCAUCAUCCAUACAUCCGCCACACGGUUUUAUAUCUAAAAAAAACGAAAUUCUGACAAUUCAUCAUCGUAUCAACACAAUUGCAUAGUCAACUUGUCGAUUUGCUUGAUUGUUUGAAUUUUACAUCACAUAAUAUUCUUCAUUUAUGGCCUUCACAAUUGAAUACUUUUCUUUUUUCUUUUUGGACAAUAACCACAACAACAACAACAACAACAAAACUACAAACUACAAACUUGACAAAAUAAGUGAUAGAAAUAAAUUGAAAUUAAAAUUGUCUUUUUACAAAUAUUUGUUCUUUUGCCAAUAAAUUUGAUAAUAAAAAAAUGAUGAUGAAAA